UAUGUGUGCAGCGAAGCUCGUGCUGCGAAGGCGCGCAGCGCCGCCGGCAAUUCUACUAAUUUGCUAGUGAUUCCCAUUCAUAUAGGACGUUAUUUUGUGGUAAUGUCUACGUUACACGACCGUACAUCCAAGUGGUUGGUGGUGAUGAACUAAUGGACGCUGCUUUUCGUCUUGUACGAAAGUACGUAGUGCGACGGUGCCCACGCUUGUGCCGAUUUCGCUAGCGGCCUCGCGCCCCGCGGUGUGCGCGCGCUUUAACUGUUUGUGACUCUUUGAACUGUUUAUUAGGUACCGCGAUUGGACCUGGACAACAUGCGCAACAAGUGCGAGACGUUGCUCGUGCGGCACUUGCCGAGCUCUCUGAGCGAGGCCGAAAAGACCGACCUGCUGAAGCACUUCGGCGCCGACAGCGUUCGAUGCAUGCGGUCGACGGGCAAGCUGAAGAACGCCGCGUUCGCGACGUUCCCCACUCAGGACGCCGCCGACUGCGCUCUCGAACGCCUGCACCAGACCGAACUCAUGGGAAGUCGCCUGGUCGUCGAGUACGCCCUAGGCAAGCAAGUGGACCGCUACUUUCCGAGCAAGGGCGAACAGUUCCGGGAGUCCGCGAGCGCCGCGGUCGAAAGCGCCGACGAUCAAGCGGCGUCGGCCACGGCGGCAAAAGACGAGUACAAGUCUAAGAUGGAGGCGUUCGCCAUCAAACUGCACGCCAUGUCCUCGGACCUGGGCCUUGACUACGUGCUCAACCCCAUGCUGACGUACGCCUACCCUCCGGCAUCUCCCACCAUCGUGGCCAAUAUAGCCGCCAUGUUGCUUUCGGUUCCCAAGUUCUACACCCAGGUGCUGCACCUGAUGAACAAGAUGAACCUGCCCGCGCCGUUCGGACUUCCGAUGCCGCAUCCGCCUACGAUGCAACAGGCCUUCUCCGUCGAUACCGGUGACGUCACGGGCGAGAACCAAUCAACGACCUCUGCUGCGCCGGUAACGGCAGCCAAAGUGGCGGGAGGCGACCGCGAGUCGAGCCUAGAGGAAUCUGAGAUGGAGAGCGAUGAAGACGAUGUCUCUCAGAGAGUCCAGCUACCGCAGGCCAUGGUUCCAAGGAAACGUAAACCCAAGACGCAGCCCAGGAGACCCAAGCUCCAAAAGCUUCUGCCGCCUCAGCCGGUUCAGGAGCUUGGACCUAAGGUUUCAGACGUGUUCGAGCCAGUUGUCGAAGACAAGACGCCAAAAGCGAUAGCCAUCAACAUCCGGCACGAGGCUGAUGCCGAGACGCAGGAGAAGGAGUCGACGACAGGAGAAGUCGUAGAGCAAGGUGGAUUCGGCAUCUUACCUGCCGCACCCAAGCCAGUGGAAACAGCAGAGACAAGUACCAGCGACGACAACUACGACUGGAGCGGAACGCAGUUCCUGCGGAGGGAGGAAAUUCGAUCGGGUCGCAUCUCCAGCGAUGAGAUGAGCAGGGCGUCUGUGUUCAAGAACUACGAAGCAGGAGACGUGGCGUCCAGGCUGUACAUAAAGAAUGUGGCCAAGUCAGCGACUGUUGAGGACCUGUUCCGCAUCUACGGAGGCUACAUUGACGCAGACUCCGAGGAACAGCGCAAUGCCUUCGACAUAAGGCUCAUGAAAGAAGGUCGCAUGAAGGGGCAGGCGUUCUUGACACUAGCCAGCGAAUCCCAGGCAGACAGAGCUCGGAGGGACUCCAAUGGUUACCUCCUGAAAGGGAAGCCGCUUGUUGUACAGUUUGCGAGGUCGGCUAAAGCGAAGAAGCUGGGGACAUAUUGAUCCUGCCUACCUUACCGUUUCACCUACUGGAACUUGUCCAUGUGUAGAUAAGCAUUAGUGAUGCAGUGUACAAACUGAAAGUGUAAGUUCUGCAAAACACAGUUGCAGUCUCCAUUGGGGGGUGAACUCUACAUCAUGUCUGUAAUAGCUGUAAGCAAAGUGCGCGAUUAGUAGUUGUUAAAGGUGUACCCACCUUCAUUGUGAAAAGCAGCCGGUUUUUUACAUAAAAACACUGCGUUUAGACAAUGCUGCUGAUGACACAGCUAAUGCCCUUCGAAGCUUGUGAUGAUCAUCCUAGUGGAUGGCAUUUUUAAAAAAGCGUAAAAUAAACGGAAAGAUGUUGAAAAGUCAAUUUUCCACAUGAUGCUCUUUUGCAUUUUUGCUUCU